UCUCCAUUUUGUUCUUUUUUUUUUCUCUUUGAAUGCUUUUUAAUGUCGGCAGGAAUUUGCUGUUGAUUGACCGGCCGGACAACAAAUAAGAAAGCAAUUGGGCGUGGCUUAUUGGUGUUGCUAUCCAAUCAGAGUGCUACGAGCAGCUCGUGGCCCGAAGUCUGAAGGGUUUAGUUUGCUGCGCUUUAAAAUUGAAAAGCUACCGCGACAGGCUUUUAUAUAGAUAUCGAUUUUUACACAAAAUAAUCAGCAAACGCAUUAUUGUGCUCAGAAAAUCAUAAAACUAAAACUAAAUGCCAGCUGGAAAAAGAAUAGAUGCUUUUGGCUGCAGAGCGUAGAUAUAAAAUGAAUACAAUUCAAUUGCAGUUAUAUCCUGGAAUAUUUUAUUCGAGUUGGCUAAACUGACGUCGGGUUUUUGAGUAUCCGGAGGAUCAGUAGCAGACACGAAGGAUCCUUUUGUUGGUAGAAAUGCCCCGGUAAACGUUUGUUAGGAUAACAGGACCCUGAAGCUUACGUAUUUAAGAUGUGUACGGUUGAUCGGGGGUCAAAUUUUACUUAGUUGAAUAUUUAACAUCUAAGUAUGUGCGACAUUAAGACGCUGUGCUUUACUUAAAGUUUCAGUGUGUUACUUGUGACAAGUCUCCUUUGCUAGUGAUAGUAGGUUUGACCCGAUCUGACUCUUUCUUGACCUUGUAUAUAAAUAAAGCUUGUGCUUUUGUGUUUGUUGUGUUACUCGGAGUUAUUUUAUUGAUCGUCGAGUUGGUGCAAUUUUGGAGCAACCAGAAUCUUAAAUAGUUUGUCAGGGAAAAUCCUCAGGUUGUCCUAAAGGGAGAAUUACAGUGAACAAUGCGUUAUAAGAAUUAAAAAAAUGUAUAUGCAUCUCAACCAUAGUAGAGCCGAUAUUAGUUUGAAUAUAAUUUGAUCCGUCUAACAUUAUCUCUGAAUGGAACACUUUAUGUUAUACUGGUGUGACCGUAGUGGAGAGCGCAGUGGCGCCCUCUGUCUUUGGUUAAUCAGAUGAUGGAAUGAAUUAGAACCAUCCACUUAAUCUACUGUUUUUUCUAACAUAUAGCAGCAGGUAUAUAACAGUAUUUUUCGCCAUGAAUUGCAUAAAUCGUCUCCUGUAAAUUACGCAAUUAAAUUGUAUUGCAACCUGUUUUUAAGGCAAUUCAGCCACGUGGUUUCUCCUCCUCCAAUGUUAAUAUUAUCUUUAAAGACAAUGAUCAUUAUAAUGAUACUGGUCAGCUAAAAUGUGAAUAGCAUUUAUGCAGUGUAUGAUAGAAUCUUGUGUUUUAUUUUACUAAUAAUUUAUAUUACCAUGACAACCAUUACGGAGGUGUUAGCUCAUCAAAUAGUGGAUAUGGAGCAGGUGAUGUUGUUGUGUGAUGCACUGUUAGACUGUAACUUUAUUUUUUUCCACUUUGUGUCUAUAUUGGAUAAUAAAAAUGUCCUCCCAGUUUACUUCAUGUGAAACAGUCAUGUGACAAAUCCAUUUUUGAAUGGAAUCAGUUCUUCAUUUAGUAAGGGCAGAAGUUGUCUAUGAUUUUUAUCUGAGGGCUAAAAAUGUCGGUAAAUGUCUUUUAAGGAGCCACUGUUUAAAUAGAUGUUUCACACAGGGGCUCGAUUUGUCAUGGGAUGCGUGUGAAUCCCCCCCCCCCCCCCCCCCCCCCCCCGAAAUUGUUCUGUGUAACUGUCACUCUCCUAACGGUAAAACCAAGCGAUUAUAUUAGGGGCAUUCAGUGCGCAGACUGCAGGUGGAAACACAGUUUAAUCUGGGCCCUGACCACUGGUUUCACUGGUUUGAUGUUGUAGUACGAAAACCUUUCUGUUGUAGCUGAUAUUUAGUAGGUGUAGGUAUAUGUGUUAACAAGAUAAGAAUAACAUUUAAAUAAACUCAGAAUAAAAUACAAUAAAUAAUAAUGAAGAUAAACUGCCAGCAAAAUAGACAUAAAUGGAGAGCAGUACAUCAGCUAUCAAAUGUGCAAUGACAGUAGUCUGGUAAAAGUGUGUGAAGUGACUAGUUAGCUAUGGGAGUCCUCAUUCAGGAAACGGACGGCUUGAAAAAAGCCUCUUGCUGACGUCUCUCUGGUCCUUUAGAUGAGUGGAAGAUGGACAAAGGGCUCUAUUCCAGCAGAACUAAAAGCACUGAAAUUUCGGUUUGCGCAUUUGGUCUUAGGUGGAAUAAUCCAUGUCAUACUGUUGGAAAAACAUCCACUGAAGGCAGAGCUCCGUUCCUGACCUGAUGGAAAAGAGAGAAUCAUUUUCCAGUUACUUGUAUUCGAUGCCACUUCUUCAUUUAAAUGGAAAAAGUAAAUCUACCUCAUUAUGAAGUAUGAACUUAAAUAUUGUUUGUUUUUGGUUUGAGUCCAGUGGUUAAAUCAGUUAUUCCUAGUUAAUCCUAAAUCUAAAUCUAGUUAUAUCCUAGUUCAGUUAUUACCAGCAAUGCGACCAAGAUUCUGCUCUGUUAAUACAGGGACCGAAUCGCCCACAGUACCGGGCCCUGAACCUCAUACUCCCGAAGCGCCCCCAAGAGAGCACCUCGGGGAACCCGGUCGUAAGCCUUUUCCAAGUCCAGAAAACACACGUAGACUGGAUAGGCAAACUCCCAGUCCUCCUCAAGUCCUCCCAGUCCUCCCCUCUACUGGCCUAAGGGGGUAAAGCUGGUCCAGUGUUCCACGGCCAGGACGAAAACCGAAUUGUUGCUCCUGAAUCCGAGAUCCGACUAUCGAUCUCACCCUCCUCUCCAGUACCCCAGAAUAGACUUUCCCAGGAAGGCUGAGAAAUGUUGGAACAUUCCCUCCGAUCCCCUUUGCCUUGCUGAUGUACCCGAUGGUGGACACCAGAGGUGAGGGGGGCUGUCAUGCUGAAGAAGGAGUCCUACAAGGAAUAAUUAGCCCGGGGGUCUCCGGAGACAGCUCAUGGGUACCGGCAGACCAGCCGUUGCGUUUUUGUACCACUAACUUUUCCAGCCUCCUAUUGCCCCCCCAUCCCAACUUUUUGAGACGUGUUUCUGUCAUGAAGUUCAAAGUCCAGACGGUACAGACCUCCCCAGACUGGUCAGUAAUGAGCGGCUCUCCACAGCGUAUCCAGAUCAUUUCUGCUGAUUCUGCUGUCUCCACAGCACAGCACAUACAGAUCGUCACCGACCAGCAGACAGGGCAGAAGAUCCAGAUUGUCACUGCAGUGGACCCUUCAAGCACUUCCAAGCAGCAGUUCAUCCUAGCAGCUCCUGAUGGCUCGAGUGCCAGCAAGGUCAUCCUGGCCUCGCCAGAGGCACAGAACACCAAGCAGCUCAUCUUCACCACGGCCGACAAUAUCAUGCCUGGCCGCAUACAGAUUGUGACGGACGCCGCGUCGGUGGAACGUCUCCUUGGGAAGGCGAGCGACGUGGGCCGGCCGCAGCCUGUGGAGUACUGCGUCGUGUGCGGAGACAAAGCCUCAGGUCGUCACUAUGGCGCCGUCAGCUGCGAAGGCUGCAAGGGCUUCUUCAAGAGGAGCGUGAGGAAGAACCUGAGUUACAGUUGCCGCAGCAACCAGGACUGCAUUGUCAACAAACACCACCGCAACCGCUGCCAAUUCUGCCGUUUGAGGAAGUGCUUGGAAAUGGGCAUGAAGAUGGAAUCUGUGCAGAGUGAGCGUAAGCCGAUUGACUUGCCGCGGGAGAAGCCAGCAAACUGUGCUGCAUCCACCGAAAAGAUUUACAUCAGGAAAGACCUGCGUAGCCCCCUUAUAGCCACGCCCACGUUCAUCACAGACAAGGAUGGCUCCAGGUCCAGCCUGCUCGACCCAGGGAUGUUAGUGAACAUUCAGCAGCCUCUAAUGCAGGCAGAUGGGACGUUACUUUUAGCCACAGAUGCAAAGGCCGAGUCCAGCCAAGGAGACCUGGGAACACUAGCCAACGUGGUGACCUCUCUUGCCAACCUAAAUGAAUCUCUGAAUAAUGGCGAUACCGUGGAUGUCCAGCAGGAAGAGCAAUCAGCCAGCGAAAUCACUCGUGCCUUCGACACACUGGCCAAAGCCCUGAACCCCACGGAUGGCAGCGAAGCGCGGAACCUGGUGGAAAGCGUAGACGGGGCCGGAGGGGCUGCCAUCCAGGUGAUCAGCAGGGACCAGGCCACGCCCAUCAUGGAGGUGGAGGGGCCGCUGCUCACUGACACACAUGUCAGUUUUAAGCUGACCAUGCCCAGCCCCAUGCCCGAGUACCUGAACGUGCAUUACAUCUGCGAGUCGGCGUCACGCCUGCUCUUCCUGUCCAUGCACUGGGCACGCUCCAUCCCCGCCUUCCAGGCCCUCGGUCAGGACUGUAACACCAGCCUGGUGCGCGCCUGCUGGAAUGAGCUCUUCACACUGGGGCUGGCCCAGUGCUCCCAGGUUAUGAGUCUCUCCACCAUCCUCGCCGCCAUCGUCAACCACCUGCAGAGCAGCAUCCAGGACGACAAGUUGUCGGGAGACCGGAUCAAGCUGGUGAUGGAGCACAUCUGGAAGCUACAGGAGUUCUGCAACAGCAUGGCCAAGCUGGAGACAGAUGGCUAUGAAUACGCGUACCUGAAAGCCAUCGUGCUGUUCAGCCCCGACCACCCAGGUCUGAGCAGCACCAGCCAAAUAGAGAAGUUCCAGGAGAAAGCCCAGAUGGAGCUCCAGGAUUACAUUCAGAAGACCUACCCAGAUGACACUUACAGGCUGGCCCGCAUCCUGAUGCGCCUCCCUGCCCUGCGUCUGAUGAGCUCCAGCAUCACGGAGGAGCUCUUCUUCACCGGCCUCAUCGGCAACGUGCCCAUCGACAGCAUCAUCCCCUACAUCCUGAAGAUGGAGACGGCCGAGUACAACAGCCAGAUCACGGGCACCUCGGCGUGACUCACGCCUCCCAGGGCAAGGACGCCUUUCCAUGCUCACACUUUAUGAUGUUUUUUUAAAAAGACAUUAUUUGUUUUUGUAAAAUGGGAAUUACAGUGAGAAUCAUUGACUCUGAUUAAAGCUUAGCUAUUCCAUCUAGGUUCCCUACCCCUCCUGACCAGGUACUUGUUGUGCUCUGUAGGGUGUUGGUAGAUUAGGGGUUUUGGGGGGGGGGUCCAGCUCCAUCUCCUAAGUCACAUCUCUCCAGAAGUGCCCCAUCUGAAGGGGAACCAGCCCAUCGGUCUGCACCUUAGUGUGCACUGCACAGCACUUCACCAGACCGAAGCCUGUAAAAGCCCUGAACUUUUUAAACUAGGCAAGGCUACUGUCCCAUUUAAUCUUCUUGCUUAGGUUCAUGAUGGCUCCCGCAUUCUAGCGGAGAGUUUGGCAGGGAGCCACAUGGGGGCGCUGGUAACGAUUUUAGGCCCCAUGAUAGUAUAUCAUUUUAGAUCAAUUUAAUCAUGUUGCAGUUUUUUAGGACCCCUGAAUCGUCCAAAAUAAAACCCUGCCCCCCCCCCCUUACAGUGCCCCUGGGGUUGCACAUUCUGUCGCUUAGGACAAACAGAAAUCUGAAAUAAUGUGAAUUGAGUGUAAUUGUGAGUGACAUGGUGGUGCAGUGGUUAGCACUGUUGCACCUCUGGGACCCAGGUUCGAGUCUCCGCAUGGCUCCAUGUGUGCGGAGUUUGCAUGUUCUCCCCAUGUCGUUGUGGGGUUUCCUUCCAGCACUCUGGUUUCCCCCCACAGUCCAAAAACAUGCUGAGAUUAACUGGAGUUACCAAAUCGCCCACAGGUGUGAGUGAAUUGGCUAUGAGUGUGCCCUGUGAUCGGUUGCCCCCCCCAUCCUGGGUUGUUCCAUGACUUGCACCCAUAGGCUCCGGACCCCCCGACCCUGAAUAGGACAAGCAGCUACAGGAGAUGGAUGGAUGGAGUUUAAUUGAGUUCUGGUUAGUACUUCAUUUUGGAAGUAAUCAGACUUACCAAGGGUGUCAUUUUAUUUUGUAAAACAUGGGCUGCCUGGAUUCUAAGUAGAUUUAAUUCCCCCCAAGUACUUUUGAAUGACAUUUUUUUCCAUGGUGCCCCUCAAACUAGAAAUAGUUCUUCUUUUACAUUCUCAAAUGUUUUGCACUUAAUUGUUGGACUCAGUAGUUGGCCAUUUUACAUUAUUUGUGAAGUACAGUAAAUAAGCUCCGCCCACACUAUUAUGUUCUACAUGAAAAUGUCAUCAUACAUUUCCUAGAUGUCAGUGUCUGUGCGUGUUUUUAUUUUCAGUCACAGGUACUUGAUAAAUCCACAGAAAAUUGCAUCAGGUUAAGGUUUAGUUAUUGUUGUAUUUGUUGCCUGUGGUUUUUAGUUAAUGUGUUUUAGAUGGUUUACGCUCCCCUCACUGCUUUUAUUUAGGCCUAUAGCAUUAGGAUUAACAAUGCAAACGUCCCCCCCCUCCAUGUCUGCACUGUAAUGCUUUCAUCACCCCCAUUUCUGUUGCUGCCAUGACAAUCAAGCGCUGUAUAAGAGGCAUUCAUUACCUUUUGAAAGCCUGGAAUUUCGUUGUCUUUUUUUAAAAUGUAUUUAUUGUUCUUGGUGUUUUAUAUUUUCCCAUAAAGAAAAUAUGCAGUGGAUGUUAAUACCUGUGUGGGCCUUGAUUGGACAGCUCUGAGAGUGGCUGACACUGUGGGUCUUACACCAAUGCAUCCUUCCCAAGUAUCUUCCCCUAAGAUUACGUAUUCCUGAUCCCAAUGUAAAAUCAUAUUAUUGUAAAUAUGUAUGUGUGUUCGCUCUAUUCUACAAGUUGCGCGUUCCGUUAUUAAUGCCGUAAGCUUUUGCGUUUAACACUUUGAUUAUCAACUGCGUAUAAAUCCAAGGUUUUUACUGCACGCUGAUUAUUGAGAUAUGCGUAUUGAGAUGUGAUCGAUUGUCUAUAUUUAUAGGUCAAAAGAAAUAUCUCUUGAUUUGUCUUAAAACUAUGGUUUUCUCACUAAAGGAGUGGUACUGUAAGUACCGAUGCCGAUCUCUGCAGUUUGACAUGGAGUGAAAAAAACCAUGUCUGUAAAAGUAACAUAUUAUAAGAAUCAGAAGUAAUGUAUAUCUUAAAAUUUUUAAUGAUAACUGUGUGUAUGUCAUUCACUUAUUGGGUUUUAAACCUUCCAAGACUGUUGUAUAUGACUGGUCUUUUAUGUGAAUUGAGCUUUGUACUGUACAUGUAAUUUCAUUAAAAUGACUGCAUGUCCUUUUUUAAUCUUAAAGUUUUAUAAUAAUCAGUGUCAUUGAACCAGAAGAAAAGUGGCAUUGUUGUUUUUGUAUAUAAAGCAUUGCAAUGCAUGAAGUAGCUUAUGCAUUUUAUUAAAUGCUGUUAAAAUGUGGAGUUAUGUCGUGGCUUAAAAAAAUCCAUACAGAGCUGUUUGUAUGAUUAAAUUACAUAAUGCAAUUAAA